AUGCCGACAAUUGUACGAAUUUUUCUGCUGCGAAAGCGUAAAUUCUUUCCUCGAAAGAGCGAAGCAUCGGUAUCUAUGACGAUAAUUGGACUUCACAACGAAAAGGUCUCGGUAUACGUGGGCGCUAAACCACUCAUUCAUAUAAAUUUCAUUGAAUAUCGACUCUAUAUCAUUGAAAAUGUCACUCCGCAAAUUGCAUAG